GGUCCUGAAAAUAAGACAAAACCAAGACAACAGAAAAAAGCCACAGCAGCUCCUCCUAUAUCAACCACUUCUACCACCACACCUACUACUGUUCCUACAACCACUCCUACCACUGUUCCAACCGAUGCUCCUACCACUGCUCCUGCUCCUUCUGUUCCUGAUCCUGAUACCACUGAAAGAGACAUGUUGGAAAAGGAAGGAACAUUUAAGCAAAAGAAUAUGGUAGUAGUUAUCACUGGUCUAAUGGAGGCUGGUAAAACCACACUUCUGCACCAAUUGUUUGGUGAAGCUCUCCCCAACAUGUACACUAGCACAGGGGUUACAAAACAGCCCUGGCGAGGGCUUACUCCAUUUAUGAUGGACGCUAAUGACAAUAAGUUUAAGCUCCUGAAAAAUCAUGAGGAUAUCUUUGAGCUGGUAGCUAAAGUCGAAAUGAACACUUCGUAUGAAGAAAAAGUCGUUCAGACUGCAAAAAGGGAAAAGAAAGAAGAAAAUGUUGACCAAACUGCUAAGCCUGUAAGAAGGGAAGAAGUUGUUUGGCUAAUGGAAGUGGAUGCUAACAGCAAAGAAUUACCCAAAGAUGGAGAUGAGGAAGAGGCAAUGGAUGAACCUAAAGAAAAAUAUGCCCACUGAGGCUAUGAAGCCAACUGUAACUGAAGAAAGUUCAGGUGAAGGUAUGGGCCAAGUUAAAGAUGUAACUAAAAAUCCUGUAAAUGAAGAAAUGCCAAUUUCCUUUAAUGAAAUGGCAGAAAAGAUUCGUAAGAACCCAAAGAAAUAUUAUGGCAAAUUAGAGAUUGUACAUAUGAUUGAUACAGGCGGACAGCCAGAAUGUCUGGAAAUCAUGCCUUUCUUGAUUCACAAUGCGCAUCUCAUAUUUUUGGUGGUAGACCUGUCAGUAUCUCUUGAUGAAAGUACAACACCUACAUUUCAUCAAGAUGACCAUGGUUUUAAGAAAAAGAGUCUACUUACUUGCAAUAGAGAACUUAUUCAGCAACUUGCCCAAACUCUUGUGGCAGCACAAGGUGAGGGAAACAACACUAAGCCAAGACUCUUUGUUAUUGCCAAUCAUAAAGAUAAUUUUAAAGAUGAAGAAAAACUCAAAACACAUAAAGAAGAAUUAAACACUUUGGUAAAGGAAAUUCUUCCUCAUAAUUCAAUGUACACCAAAGCAAGAGAUAUGAGUGUGUUUGAUAUAAAUUUACUUCAUCCUGACGCAGAUACUCUAAAUAGAAUACGUAAAACAGUUACACAACAAAAUAAUGGAGAUGAAGGAGCUUGAUGUUCCUUUGUCAUAUGUUAUGUUUGAAAGGGAAGCCAUGGUUCACAUGAAGGAAUUAAAAAGAACGGUUAAUGUUUUAAAACUGCAUGAAUGUUGUGACUACGGAAGAAAACUAAACAUGAACGAGGAUGCUGUUAAGAAUGCUCUGAAAUACUUCAACAAGAAUAGCAUCAUGUUGUUUUUCGAAGAUAUAGGCCAAGGGUUAGUAUUUUCUGGAUCAAAAUACCCUCGUUAACUUUGUGAAUAGUGUUAUAUUCUUCAGCUAUGAGGCUACAAAAGGGGAUGAAGGUCCAAUACUUAUAGGUAGUGAGAGAGAUUCUCUUAGCAAAGGAUUGAUUACAGAAGCAAUUUUAAAAAGAAUGCAACAUAUAUUUGUUCCUGAAAUAUUUGAAGCUCGUCAUGCUAUUAAAGUCUUUGAAAAUCUCUACAUCAUUGCUAAGAAUUCGGAAACGGAAAAUGACUAUAUCAUGAUGUGCUUGCUUCCACGAUCUGUGAAGAAGUUAGAGUCAAGAAAGCUGGUUUUCACGACGUCUCGACCAGUGCAGCCACUAAGACUAGACUUUGGCAUUGGUGAUCCCCCUGAAUGGAAACAAUACUGCUCCCCCAGUGGUUGUUUUGGCAGCACUAUUGCUUGCCUCAUUACCGACUUUCAAUUGGAGAAUAUGUACUGAUGUUUUAUAUGACAAAGCUCCUGUUUGCCUUUAUCAUGACAUGGCUAUACUUUGUCCGAAAGAACUAAGCUUAGAAGUAACUCUUGUCAACAAGACCAAGUAUUUUGAGGUGUAUGUAGGUGUAGAUCCAGAGAAUAGAUAUCAAUAUAAGGAGCUUCCUGCAAUUAGAAGUGAAAUAAAAGAAGCAGUUGGAAAAGUUUUAAAAACAAUGAAGGUUAACCUUAGUGUUGCAGAAGGGUUUGAGUGUGACUGUGAGAACACCAAAUACCUUAAAACAAUUUAUGCUAGGUGCAAGUGUGGGCUGAAGGAGGAAUCUGAAAGUCUUUGGAUUAAAGCUGAACCAGCAUUAAUGAAGUACCCGGCUGAGGCACAGAACCAAGGAGGAGGACCAGUAUGCAUGCGUCAGUUUAAAAGACUAAGGAUUGUGGACAAAAGUGCAAAGCUCUAUAAAGACAUUGGAACAAAGCUUCUUACAACUGCAGCAUUAGUUGACUCAAUAUCAGAAGUAGCAAAUGAAGACCCCAAAAAAGCUAUAAAACUGAUAUACAAAAGAUGGAUACGUACAGACGAAGGUCACUCGUGGAGAAAACUAACACAAUGUUUCAAAGAUGUUGGGCUUAAUUCUCUUGCCCGGGACCUUGAAAAACACUUUGGGCUUCCUUCACCUUCAGUUGCUUCCCUCUCUCCUGCUCCCUCUACUACCACCACUUCUGAGACCCCUCUCUCUCCUACCUCCUCUGCCCCCACUACUGCUCCUACAGCCACUUCUACCACCACACCUACCACUGUUCCUACAACCACUUCCACCACCACUUCUACCACUGCUCCUGCUCCUCCUGCUCCUGGUGAGAUAGUGUUGCCAGACCUGAUUAAAAACUAUCAUCAUCCAAGAGAGAUAUCAGAAUAUUAA